AUGGUCGAAUUGGCAUGGAACAGAAACCCCGUUCAGGAACAACGGCAUUCGAAAAUCAAAUCAAUGGAGCCUCCAUCGCAGAUUUCGGAACCUCGCUUCGAGGCAUGUGCCUCAACGGCUUCCCUCUUCCUCUAUGCCGAAGGGUCGGUGAUCUCAUGCCUUCAUCACGAUACACUGGCACUUGAGCGACGGUUCGAGAACCACCAGGACGAUAUUCUUUUCAUAUCCGUGGAUAAUGUUAGCGAGCGAGGGGCUGGAAGGCUGGUUGUCAGCUAUGAUGUUGGGCAGACCGCAAUUGUCUGGGACCUUUUCACAGGAACCGAAAUUGCCAGGUUCGCAUCAUUUGAACCUCUUCGGGUGGCCUCUUGGAUGCGAAAUGGAAACGUAGCGUUUGGAAAUGGAAAAGGUGAUGUGGUUCUUUUCGAGCCAUCGACAUCAGAACAUAUCUCGGCCCGCACCAUCUUCGAUCCUAUCACGGCUUUGGCUCCAGCCAUGGACUGUCGGACCUAUGCCAUUGGCUACCAGAAUGGGUCCAUCCUGAUCGCUACGCUUCACCCAACCUUCACCAUCUUACAUACCCUAACCACAUCGCGAGGUCCGUCGCCGAUAGUCACGUUGGCAUGGCAUGCCUCCUCAUCAAAACAAAAGUCCGACAUGUUGGCUACACAAUCAACAAAUGGAGACCUCAGAGUCUGGAGUGUGGCAAAACCUCCAGGCAAGGAGACUCCCCGAGUCAUUAGAAUUUUAAAAAGAACGGACUCGACGUCCGCGGAGCCCAAAUUUAUUGCUUGGUCAAAGAAUGGGAGAAUCGUGCAGUAUCUGGACGGAGAAACGUAUGCCUGGGAUGUGAGAACCAAGCAUGUCACAUACGAGCCUAUUCCCACAAUAGAGAACCCUCGUGGUAUCGCAAGCUACGGCCCAACUGCAACGCUUUUCACCUUGGGCCCCCAGCACACCGUGCAACAAUAUGACCUGGACAACCCGGCAAUGGUUGCUAAUGUGCAACAUCUCCCCGAAAGUGCCCUGGCCAUGGCUGUAGAAGAGGCCAGGAAACGACCAAUGUCACCGCGAACUUUGCAGGAUCCGCCUGAAAUUAGAGAAUCAGGUUCGAUGUUUGCUACAGGGAGAAAAACGCCGUUUGAUCCCAACGGAGUUGAAUCAGUACGGCAGCAACGCGCAGAGCUGGCCAGCCCCGUUUCCUCACGUAGCCGUACAAACUCGGUCAACUCGAGAGCUUCGUCGAGUAGAUAUCAAACUACACCAUUUUCGCCUCCGAGCAGGUCUGGGCAGAGUGGCACAACAUUUUCUCUGACUUCAGCUAGUGGAAGAGACACUCCACAAGCUUCUCAUGCAUAUGCUUCGUCUGUCUCAAUGUCUUCGGUGAAAAGCUCCCGGGCUGGUUCUCGUUUGAGGAAUGAAGUGCAGAUGAGUCCUGCUGACCGGCAUGUUGAUCUAUUCCCCUUCACUCGCGCACGCCUCAACGAUGUGCCCUACAGGCAGCAUCGACCUCUGGAUGAGACGCACCUUACCCAUGAUGACCUACGUCAACAGAUGCUAAGUAUGGUGUUUGGCUGGGAUGGGGACAUUGACAGCUUGAUCAAAGAUGAACUCAACCAGCACCCUCACGGUAGCCAGAGUGCUAUUCUCCUGUCACAAUGGCUCGGAGAGUCUGAUAGAGAUCAAAUGACAUCCAUGCUCGGCUCAGGGCCGGCUACGGUUUCCGACUGGAUGCUCCUGGCUUUCAGCCAGAUGAAUGGACAGAGACAAGCAAACAAAGUCGGCCAGGCUUUCGUACAAAAGCUGUUGGAGAUAGGCGAUGUGCACACCGCGGCAACCAUUCUUUUAGGGCUUGGCGAUCAAAAUGAUGCUAUCGAAGUUUACGUUUCUCAAAGCCACUUCAUGGAAGCUAUUUUGAUGACCUGCCUUUUGACUCCUACAGACUGGCAGCGCCAAUCAUACCUUGUUCGUCGAUGGGGAGAGCACGUAGUGUCUCAUUCCCAGCAGCAGCUCGCGAUUCGGUGCUUCAUGUGCACUGGGGCAGAACCUUCUGAUCCCUGGGCAUCUCCCUCUGCGCAGCAGACUUCAUCAUUUGAAGAAGUAGCUAUGGGAAGGUCACCAAUGACAUCUCCCGAGCCGGCUUAUUCUAAACCCGCGAGUCUUCUACCCCCAAACGCCCAGCCAAAUCCUCCCGCCGGUAACCGAAUGCCAGCAAAAGCUCCAUCCCUCAAGCUAAUCACCUCCUUUGACAACGAGCCUAGCCAAAAGCUCAGAUUUCCGGGGUUGAAAACAGAUGACCAAACACCAACAAAUGCCCCUGGCAUCACACCAAUCGCCGAGUCCGCAGUAAUCGACUCUGCUCUUUCCCCUGGUGGUCUGGGGUCAUACCGACUGAACAAUUUGCAGAGCCUAAACCAGGCUAUGGGCUCGCGAACCGGUACCCCUGGAUUCAAUAGACAGCGUCUACCUUCGAUAGGAGAAACCCCGGUGGAUGUGCAUCCUCCAACCUUUUCCUCUCACUCUUUGCACAAGUCCGAGGAUUUUACCUCGAUGUCAGAGGGUGAGGAUCAUCGACGAAGCCAAAGCCAGGAUGACCAGGCGAAUGGAUCUUUGUCCUUGCUACCAUCUGCAAGAUAUGACCCCAACCAGGAACUCAAGCCCAGUCCUCAAACCGCAAUUCAAACUAGCUCGGACAAAUUCGCAAGCAUCAAAGGUCUUCCCUCUCCGGCCCCUGGAUUACUAGAGGCACUCAGGGAGAGUUCAGACAGUCGAAAUGGUUCUAGGGAUCGGAAACCGGAUGGGUUGCAGAUCAACUUGCUUCAAGCUGAACCAUCGGUGCCUGUUGGGCAAGAAACCCCUGCUGUUCUGGCCAGCGUCAGAAGCCCGGCUUCCACCUUGAACAGCCUUAAUUCAGGAAAAAGCCCAAGUGUCAGCGGACGGAGCAUUGAUCAAUACAUUAGCAGUUUGGACCAAGCAAACUUCCACGCAAAGAAACAACGCCCGAGACGCAACACGGAAGACUCAGCCAGUUACGGUGGAUAUAAACAACAUUCUCGACAAACUUCACAAGAUACCCGAGGGCGCCACGAGAAUCAUUACAUCCAACCAGCCAAACGAUCGCCUUCAUCUCCGGUUUCAAUAACACCGGAGGAACUGGCCAAAUAUCCUCCUGCAAGCACCGAGAAUGAUGCUCACAAACCCACUAAACGCCAUGCGUCCAAAACAAGAAGUGCAAGCAGAGUUAGGAAGGGAGGUUCCCGGAACUCCUCGCGUCGUCGCAAUCGAUCCUCGAGCCGCAACGCUGCCAGUCGCAUUGGGAAUGACCGAGGCCGCAGUAUAGAUAGAGAAGGGUCAAGCGAUGGAUCUCCGUCUUCUCCACUGCCCAUGUCUCCCGUGGAUGAUGCUCUGAGAUUGGUCACAAGUGACAGAGAGCGAAGACAGAGAAGCAGCAGUCGUCGCCCCGAUAAGAGUGCAAGCAUGAGAAGAGACCCAUCCCCUGAGCCGAGAAAUUUCCGAGAAGAUUCUCGUAGCGGUCAGGGCACAGAAUCGGACAUGACUUCAGAGCAAGAGCUUGAUAAUUCUUACACCAGUGGCGUGGGCCACGAGAUUCAAAUUCUCAACGGAGAUUUCCAAGAGACGUCAGAUAUAUCAACUGAGGAGGCCCUGGACGUCCCCUCUGCAAAUUUGCCCUUUAUCCGCCUUGCAGAGCAAAGAAGAAAGGAACUUGCCGCUGCUGAGCUUGAAGCCCGCCGCCUUUCCCUUGCACGGAAUCCGUCUGCGCCAAACAUUCCCUUCCCGGGCGAUCCCCAAGCAGCACGGGGUACUCUAGACAGUCCGAUGUUCUUUGGAAACUCAUUUAUCCAGCGCACACCGUCUAGGAACCUGGUAUCGCCGGGCAAAGAGUCUCCAAGCAGCUCCUCCGACUCAGGCUCAUCCCGGUCAGGAGUACCGCUUGGAUUGCCAGCAACCCCGCGUGCGAUGCGGAAUUCUAAAUACAACAAUGGAUACGAGGAGGAGAGCGCUCCAGCAGUUCCCAAUGUCCCAGACAACACUAUUCUAAGUGCUGCCAGGUACCAGGGAGAGGCAGAGCGAAUUCCCCGUUCGAUGUCAGUUCCAGUGCCAGAAAGUCAAUAUACGCCCCCUAUUCCUACAGACCUCCCAACCCAUCCAAGAUUUAAUCCAAAUCUGCCACGAAGUCGCUCGACCAGUCGCAGCCGGAACAUGGGUCCUCGCCGAGAGUCAAGAGAGAUGGGGAGCCCGGGCGGUUACUACACCUCCUCUCCCAUGACAGUUAGCAUUGAAGAAACCAUUGAGAAUGCCUUGGCGAUGCAGAGGAGGCAGAUGGAACCCCAGCAGAAUCCCCCUAUUCUGCCUGAGCUACAGCAUCUCAACGCGCCGCCACCUCCACCACCUCCCGCACCCCUAUCUACUGCUGGCUCUGCGCGGGAGUCUUCAGGGACGAUCGAUAUUGCCAUCGACAACGAGAACUUGGGAAGACUACUUCCUCGUGCGAUGACAGCCGGCCCAACAUCAUCCUUCGAGACGCGUCCGGUUAUCGAGCGCCGGCGUACGUCCCUUGACCACCGUCGUGGACGGAGUAUCAACGAAAGUCUCACGAGUAAGCUUCGCAACUUUACUCGUAUGCGCAGCAACAGCCGGGGACCAGAACAGUGGUUGCCCACCCAUGAAACAGAAAUGCCAUAUGAAAGUGUUCAGAUGGUCGAAAGUCGGAUCUAG